AUGUCAUAAAAGGAUGAAAAAUUAGAAUAGAUUGAAAUUUAAAAAAAACAAAGUUCUUUAUAAAAAGAAGAACUAAAAUAAUUUGAAGAGAUUAAAGAGUAGUUUAACUAAACAAAUAUUUAAAGUGAGCCAUCAAGAAUUUAAAGUCCAUUAUUGGCUUUUGAAUUAAAUUCUAAUAAUUAAGAUUAGUUCAAUAAUAAUAAUAAUUCUACUCAAUCUAAUAUUGUGUAAAUUGACAAAAGAUUCUUACUUCCUCAAGAUGCCAAUUAUAUAACCUAUUUAUCUGAAAACACAAAACUAUUAAAGGAAAAAUAUGUUUAACAUUGUAUGGAUAGUUUAUAAUCCAUUUAAGAAUUUGUGAUAAAUCAAGGAUUGAGUAGACAAAAAAAAUAAAGUAAUUUUAGAAAGAAUGAUUAAAGUUCCAAUCAAAAAAAAAAAUAUAUACACAUUAAUGAUUUAAGUUUAUAAAAUUCUGAACAAUUUCAAUAACCAAAUUUCUAAGAAACCAGCUAAAAAAAAUAAUCAAUUAGUAGUAGUAAAGAUAAUAUUCAAAAAAUUAAAGAAGACCCUUAAUUCAAAGAGAAAUUUUCCAUAACUUAAAAAAUCCUUGAAUAUUUAAAACUAUUUGAAAUAUAAUCAUCCACUAAAAAAAUAUCAAUCUUAGAGGAUGCUUUGAUACUGAGUUUAGUAUUUUUAUAAUUAUCAGAUCAAAGAAAAACCUUACAAGAAUAUUAUAUCGAUAUAUAGAGAAACUAUAAUUAUUAGAGAUCCUUCUCAGCUUUUUCAACAAGGUAAUUUUUUAUCAUUAGAUUUAUAUUAGAAUUAAAGUACAACGUAAUUUAUAUAAAGACUGGACUUUAGAAAAUCUUUAUUAACUAUUAAAAGUUCUUUAAGAUUACCCACAAAAAGCACUUUAAGAUCUUACAUUAAUAUAAAAUAACAAUAUCAAAAUUCCUAGCUUAGAUUGA